AUGCUCUGCUCAUCAGCAGCAGAUGUGGUGCUGGCAGAUACAGAUGUAAACAAAAGUGCCUCCCUGCCUGCCGAGGAACAGCCUGCUCCACCUGAUGGCCCCCCUCCUGGCUCAGUCAGUGAUGAAGAAAAGAAAGUAAGAUUAUCUCCAGCCAACAUGUCAACCAAGAACGCAACAGAUCUAAUUGAAUAUGCUGACAAGGGCUGUCCCUUCCUUCCUGUCAUUCAAAGCAACCAGACAAGUCAACUAGAAGACAGGAUAAAUAACCAGGAGCGCACCAUAGCCUUCCUCCUUGAGCAAGCAUUCCGCAUCCAGGAGGAUAUCUCUGCUUGCCUCCAGGGGACCCAGGGCUUUCGGAAAGAAGAAUCUCUUGCAAGGAAGUUACUAGAAAGUCACAUACAGACCAUCACAAGCAUUGUCAAGAAACUCAACCAAAACAUCGAGAUCCUAGAAGACCAAAUAAGAAUCCGAGACCAGGCAGCCACAGGAACUAACUAUGCAGUGCAGGAUUUAAACAUCAAACACCUGCAAGGAGUUGGAGACCUUCGGGGAAGAGUAGCCAGGUGUGACUCAAGCAUCGUGAAGCUUUCUGGAGACAUCCAGUGUAUCAGGCAGGAGUGCCGACAGGUUGAGAAAUCAGUUCAAGAACUCGUUUCUUCCCUACACACCAUUUCCAAGAACUUGGAUAUGAAGGUAAUGCAGCUCUUAGGAAAGAUAGAGUCAUCUACGUCGGAGCACACAUCAAAUUUAAAGAUGGUCCAGGGAGAUUAUCAACAUGAAAUGAACCUUUUGGAAUUCAGAUUUAACUCACUUUCUACAAAUUUGUAUGAAGAAAUUGAAAACAAUAAAAAGUGGACAGAAAACCAAUUUAUCAAGUACAGAAAAGACCACCUGGGCCAUAUAAAUGAAUGUCUGAAGGUUAUUCAGGAAAAGCUGGAAAAGUCUGAGAAUAAAAUGGAAGAAAAAGUGCUGCAGCUUUCAAACAACUUGGAGAAUUAUAUUAACUACCAGAAGCAGGAAGCAGAACGCAACAAAAUGAAAGUCAUAGAGAAUAAACUGUCCAAGAAAAUAAUCCAAAUGGAAAAGCAGAUCUGGGAUGAAUUAGAGAAAAUGCAAAAUGACUAUCAAUCAGGAUUUCAGUCAAUUCACGACUCCCUCAGUUCUCUCCAACAAAUACAAAAAACAAAAAUGGAUUUAGAGAAACACAAAGUACAGAAAACCCUAAAGAAAUUACAGCGUAAAAUAGUAGAACUCCAAGAAGUAUAACUUUAAAGUCACUUUUCUCCCACCAGCUGGUAGAAUGGUUUAUUGGGAAAUGUUGUAAAGAAGAAUGCUGACUACUUCUGGUAUUUUCUAUCACCUCUAAAAAUCAAUGUAACAGGAAAAAAAACCACAAUA